AUGCGCGCGUUGAUUACACAUCGCGAGUCCUGCGGCGGCCAGAACCCACCGCGAGGUGACGUGCCACCCCGGCCGGGCCAAGGCGGUGGGAUCCAAAUCCCGAGAGGAGGAGGGUCUCUUCCGGAAGAGGAGGAGAUGGGCAAGGCGAUGGGGAAUCAGAAAAAAAAUAGCAAGAGGAAAGAUUACUGAGCAAGGAGAAGAGAAGGCGCUUUCCUCGAUCAAAAAACCAAAAGCUAAGCGACGGCACAGCCACACAACCCGAACCCGCAUUGGAAGGCCCCCCUUGUCAAUAGGAAGCUAAUUUCCCCGAAGCUUAUCUGUGCUUGGCGGGCUUUUGAGGCAUGAAAGACCAGCCCUUUGGGUUUUUCGCAUCGGGUGUCAACAGCGAUCAUUUUGCGCGGGGAAUUUGGCGAGCUGGGCGAGUGGCUUAGGAUAUCCAGUCCGUGGGGGGAGGGGGAGGGGGAGGAACUGGGUUGUCACGUGAAUACCACGUGCAUGUGUGUCUGGCUUUUUUGGAAGUGUUGUA